AUGCCGUCUGACAAGAUGAAGGAGGGCUACUUGCAGGAGCUCGAGGAAGGCAAGCAAGUGGUGGAGAAUGCUCGGACAGGGCUUGAGAAAUGGUAUGCCCGUAAGCUUGAGGAUUCCGACAUUGUUGGCGAGGAGCGAGGCAUCUACGAAGAGGUUAUGCGAGCUGUGGAGCAUUCCUUUACAAUCCUGUCUGGCAAGCUGAAGGCUGUAAAGACGGCCACGGCAGUGAACAAAGAGUUUCAGGGCCGUGGAAUGGAGCUUUCAGGAGCUGCAGGGGAGUUGAUUGCGACUUCGGGAAAGUGGACAAGUAACAUCCAACGAGAUAUGCUUCGACGGUGCAAAGCUUCCAAAGUCCCGGUUACAACAUUGAAUGUCCCCGUGAUCCUUAAGGGUGUGGUGAAGAAGAGGGCGCUUCCUCUGGCUCUACCACACGAAGUGCUGCCCUGGCUGGUGCAAAGGGGUAUUUUCCCAGUGGAUGAUUCUGCUGAGAUUGUGCGCUUCUGGACCCAUGCUCGAAGCACGGGGAUGGCCACUGGGGGUGCCACUGAUUUUCACAUUCCUUUGUGGAUUUGGGGGGACGAUGCCAAGUUCACAGAGACCCACCAAGAUAAGUUAGUGGUGGUGGCCUUUGGAAGGCUGCUUGAGACCUCGAAGAACGCCCUCAAGACUGUCUGGCCUUUGUUCACCUAUCAACAGGCCAAUGUGUGGGGUGAUGGCUCCGACGAGAAGCAGCUUAAGGCUGCCUUUGAUGAGUUUGAUUCCUGGGCCAAGGCCAACCGAAUCCCGUGGCACCUGGCCAGCUGGUUCAAUACGACGGAGCGCGCCACCCGCUACCUGUCGGUUGAAGAGGAUUCCUCUUUGGAUGCCUACCUGCAGCUUGCAAAGUGUGCCGUGGAGAAGAAGGUUUGCUUGUUUCCGAUCAAGCCAAAGUUCCAUGGCUGGCAGGAAAUGGCCUACUGGGCCGUGAAGCACCGUAUCAAUCCAAGAACCUACCACUGCUUCAAGCAAGAGGACAUGGUAGGGUCUAUGGUGAGAAUCGCGGAGUCAUGCCACAAGCGAUCCGUUGAGGAGACUGCUUUGGCUCGGGUCUAUCUCCAGCUCGUCUACUCGCACAGCAGCCCUUGA